AUGGCGGCGGUUAGAGGCAGCGACGACGACACGGCUAGGAGGAGGGGGACGAGGCAUAGGAGCCAAGGAUUCUUCAUGGUGGUGGUGAGUGGUGACGGCGGUGGAGUCAUGGAGCUGUGGAUGGUGUGCGACGCGCGGCACUCGGAGCUGAUCCCGUGCUUGGACCGACGCCUCCACUACCAGCUCCGGCUCCGGCUCAACCUCUCUCCCCUCAUGGAGCACUACGAGCGCCACUGCCCACCGGCGCCGCGCCGCCUCAACUGCCUCAUCCCACCGCCCGUCGGAUACCAGGAUUCCUUUAGAAAUGUUAUGGAUAUGAGUGCUAACCUUGAAGGAUUUGCAGCAUCUCUGAAGAAAAAGGAUGUCUGGGUAAUGAAUGUAGUUCCUUUCACGGAAUCUGGAAAGCUGAAGAUAACAGUUUGA